AAAGAAAAGAAAAGGGAAACCGCAGCCACACCUGCAGACGGUGGACACCUUAGCUAUCCGAUUUCUUAGAAUUGAAGCGGCUGUGCUGUUUGUUGCUCUCCUUCAUUUACCUUAUAACUCAGCUACAAUUCUCUCAACUCUUUAUAAGCUGCCAUGAAUUUCAGAGGUGCAAGUCGGGCCAAUGCAUCAUCCGGCAUGGGGGUUGCUGAUCACAGCAAAAAUACAUUUAUUGAACUUCAGAGGAAGAAGGCACACCGAUAUGUGAUCUUCAAAAUUGAAGAGAAGAAGAUGGAAGUUGUGGUCGAGAAGACCGGGGAGCCAGCUGAGAGCUAUGAAGAUUUCGCUGCAUCUUUGCCUGACAAUGAUUGUCGAUAUGCUGUUUAUGACUUCGAUUUCGUGACUUCUGAGAAUUGUCAAAAGAGCAAAAUCUUCUUCAUUGCAUGGUCUCCUUCAACCUCUCGAAUCCGUGCUAAGGUGCUCUAUGCCACAUCUAAAGAGAGAUUUAGAAGGGAACUGAAUGGUAUCCACUAUGAUAUUCAGGCUACUGACCCUACAGAGAUGGAUCUUGAAGUGAUUAGAGACCGUGCAAAUUAAAGAGUCUAUACCAUUAAUGGUUUCUUCUGAGGAAAACAAGUUUGUCAAGCUCUUGCCAACUUGCGAAUUAAUGCCUCCUUGUUCCAUUAAUCUACGUACAGGAUCCUUAUGUGAACAAGAUAAACUGCAUGUUACUUAAAUAACUAGCAUUGCGGAAGUGUGAUAAGCAGCUCUGUGCUAUUAUAUUGGAAAUUCCUGCUAAAUUCAGCUUCCUCAA